AUGGGGGUUCCGAAGGAGCUCGUCUUCGGGGUGGAUUAUCUGGAGCCCAACAGAAUCACCGAAAGGGAGAUUGCGAAGUUCCGGGCGGAGUACUUCAUUCCAGAUUCGGUAGGUAUGAGGAUCCCACUUCCUACCGAAUCCCUAAGCAGUCCAAAAGACGGCGAAGUCGUCUUUUUCACGGACGUGCUUCUGCAGGGGGUGAGGCUUCCUCUGCAGCCUGCCGUUCAGAGAAUCCUGGCGCAGAUCGGCUACGCUCCCGGCCAGUUCAACCCCAACUUCUGGGUGGCGCUGAUGGGGGUAGUCACAGCCUUCGGCAUGGCUGGGGAGGGAGAACCUUCGUACGAGCAGUUCUCCCACCUUUACAGCGUCACGAAAUCAAAGUGUGCCGAUCACGGAGGCUGGGUCCAGGCCAAUUGUCUGAAGGCUGCCGAGCGUGGUCACUUCGUCAAUGCCGUUCCGACCUCCCAGAAGACUUGGAGGAAACGGCGGGUGCUUUUGUCCGUGACUGGGAGUCGCCCUCGGGACAUCCCGUCCGUUUCCAUAUCCCCAACCACAUUCCAAAUCGCCGGCAAAUUGAAGCAGCCGAGUGCCACACAAGCGGAGGUCCGGCAGAUCGAAAAGGUCAGGCUGAAGGUUCCUGCCGUCGAGAGGGUCUACCCGAAGUUUCUUUUCACUCCCAAUCUCAUCAAGGCCCGGCUCGUCAACCCUGCCGAGAUGACCGAAGAGAGGAAAGCCGCCGAGGUGAAGAGGAUGAACGAGUCCUCGAAGAGACGCCUCAUGCUCGGCAUGCAGGGGGAAAAAGAAAAGUCGGCAGGCCUCAACGGCACCGGCGCCUUCGACAGUCGUGGAUCCUGA